AUGACUUUGUUGCCAUCAAUAAACCCGCAGGGUUACUUUCAGUUCCGGGGCGUUUGCCUGAACAUCACGACAGCGCUUAUUUUCGAGUAUUGGCAAUAUAUCCAAAUGCCAAGAUUACCCAUCGUUUGGAUAUGGCAACCUCGGGAAUUCUGUUGUUCGCCAAACAUCGCGAUGCAGAAGUUGCUGCAAUGCAAGGGCAAAUCAAUAGCAAUGGUCGUGUGGAUGUGCCUUUGA